GUCAUUUUAUGCGCUGAGGAGAAUGUUUGAAGCAUUAUCGCAUGUUUCUUCUUGUCGUCUUCUUAGAUGCGGGAUUCCCUGAGUGCUCUUUUGAUGCGUGUAUGAUCGAUUGAGUGGAAGAAUCUAGCUGACUCUUUCGAACAGUCUUCAACAAUUGGGACCUAGAUUCCUUUAAUCGUACCUUCCAGACAAGAGUUUUACAUUAAAUCAACAGUCAGCAGAAGGAUCUGUAGGUAGCUCGGCCUGUGGAGGCCGCCUCGAAGGAAGGUUUGUCACGCUGCCGGAGUUUCAGUCUUUCUUCGGAUCUGUGCGCAUGAAGAGUAGAACACAGGUCUAUUUCACCGCAGCUGGUCAACAAGUUAGUGUUGGACGACUCAAAACUCGAAUUCAAGAGUUCACAUGAUUUUGUAUCAAUCUACUAAAUUGGAGUACAGGGUGGUAGAAUUGAGUCAAAGAAGCGCUGCAAGAGUUGAAGAAAAGUAUUUGCACAGCGCACUUUGAACCUGUCUGGUGGGUCACAGCUCUGAGGAAGAGCUGUGGUUUUUUCCACUGUGGUUUACGGGGAUGCGAUUGCGGGUGCAAUUGCAAGAGCAGAGGAGGGGAAAGAGCAUUCUACGUAGCAAAAUGAAGGAAGAUAACAAGAAAGGAUUGUCUUCAAUGGGUGACGAUGCAUGGUUGCUAUUUCGAGGCCGGAGCUUUCAAAGCCGUGUGGUGCGUGCGAUGUGCUUGAUUGCGGUGGUCUGCACAUUCGGCAUAGUUCUCUUGAGCUUAUCCACGUUGGAUCUAAGCACGCUCACUAUUGGUAGUCCAAGACCCGUAUAUGGCCCUCAGAGAAUGACUUCUGAAGAGCUACGUGAGCAUCUUGCAUCGAUUGACAAGGGAUUGCAGGAAUUUUUGAGUGCGAACAAGCCAUUUACGAAGUUCGGUCCUCCAGUUGUUGGUUGGGAUGAAACUCGCAAAGAGGCAAUACGGAGGAGCACAAACUCAUCAAGCGGAGUGAACCCUAAACCGCGUAUCAUGCUUAUCACGAGCUCGCACCCAAGGAAGUGCGAGAACAAGCAAGGCGACCAGAUGCUGCUGAAGUCCAUCAAGAACAAGAUGGACUAUUGCCGCAUACACGGUAUUGAAAUCUACUACAACAUGGACCAUAUUGACGAAGAUAUGACUUCAUGGUGGGUGAAGACGUUUCUGACGCAUAUGCUUAUGAAGGAACACCCCGAAAUCGAUUGGUUCUGGUGGAUGGACAGUGAUGCAAUCUUCACUGAUAUGUCCUUUCAGCUCCCGUUGCACAAGUAUGAAAAAUACAACAUGGUGAUGCAUGGCUGGGAUGAAGUUGUGUACGAGAAGAGGAGCUGGCUAGGCCUCAAUGCUGGUGUAUUCUUAUUACGGAAUUGUCAAUGGUCGAUGGACAUGCUUCAUGCUUGGGCACCGAUGAGCCCGAGAGGCAAGAUUAGGGAUGGAGCUGGCAAGUUUCUGACGAAGGCACUUCCCGACAGAGGCGAUAGUGAGGCGGAUGACCAAUCUGGGUUGGUCUAUCUCAUGGUCACAGACAGGGAGCGAUGGGGGUCCAAAGUUUUCCUUGAAAGCUCCUACUAUUUCCAGGGUUACUGGAAGGUUUUGACCGAGAAAUUCGAGGACAUGAUGGAGAAGUACCAGCCAGGCAAAUACGGAGAUGAUCGAUGGCCUUUUGUGACACAUUUUUGCGGAUGUGAAUUCUGCUGCGGAGCUAUCAAUCCCGAGUACACUGUUGAUCGGUGCUUGACACAAAUGGAGCGCGCUGUGAACUUCGCCGAUAAUCAAGUCAUUGGAAGAUACGGCUUCAUUCACAAAAUGCUGAAAUCUGCCGAGGUUGAGCCAAAGGAUGCAGCAAAGAAUCGGACUGAAAAAGCUUCGGUGGUUGCGAAGUCGAAGAAGGCAGUGUAGACUCAGAGAGGUGGUUGUUGCGGGCGAGUUCUGGGAUUAAAUGAUGGCGAAUGCAUAGCAAGCAGAUUUCUUCUCGUUAAUUACUGUUGCCUGGCCUAGCCAAAUGCAAAUCAUCCGAAAAUAAUCGAUACUCUCGAACUCAACAUGUACCGUCGGUAUCGAAGACACCUUUAGUUGCUUUAAAUCUUGCAUGACAAUGGAGGCGUUAUACAUAAUGAGCAGUAGGCACUUCAUUGCAGCUGCGCCACCUGAGGUGGCACUAGAAAGUUUGGCCGCUGGAACAAACUACCGGUGUGAGUCAAACAGCGAAACCAUUCUGCACAAAUUAAACCUAUAAGGUGCUGCAUGGACAGGUAGAGACGUAGAGACUCAAUCGACGGGCAAGUAGGAAGACCUCCGACAAGAUCAACCUAGUUAUGUAAACUGCUGGUGUCAAUAUCUGCACAAGGUUCUAAUUCAGAUCCUUGAUUGUAAAAUUUUAAGAGCUAUUGGUAGAUACAACUGUGUAAACCGCACCCUUCGGUGGUUCGAUUUGUCUCCAUGCA